AUGGGGAAAGAUAGAGGGAUGGGGAUAGGGGAAGGAUGGGCAAAUGGAGAAGGAUUGGGAAAGAGAGUGGGAAGGGGAAAGGGAGGGAGAUGGGGAAAAGAGAGGGAUGUGGAAAAGGAGAGAGGUUUUGGAAAGGGAAGGAAUAGGGAAAGGGAGAGGGAUGGGCAAAGGGCAAAGGAGAAGCAAAGAGAGGGGGUGGGAAAUGGGAGAGUGAUGGGGAAUGCGAGUGGGAAGGGAAAAGGGAGAGGGAUGGGGAAAGGAGAGGGAUGGGGAAAGGGUAGGGAUUGGGAAAAGAGAGGGACGGAGAAAGGGAUCGGUAAAAAAAGGAGGGAGAUGCGGCAAGGACAAGGGAUUGGGAAGGGGAUAGUGACAGGGAAAAGGGAUGUGGAUGGGAAAGGGAGAGGGACAGUUAAGGAGGGUUGUGUGGGGAAAGAGACAGGGAUCAGGAAAGAGAGAGAGGGAUGGAAAAGGAGAGGGAUAGGGGAAAGGAAGAGGACCGGGCGUGGGACAGUUGGAUGGGGAAAUGGUGAGGAAUUGGGAAAUGGAUCGGGAUUCGAAAAGGUGGAGGAAUUUGGAAAAAAAAACGGAAUGGGGGAAAUGAAGGUGAUGGGAAAAGGGAGAGGAGUGGGGAAUGGGACAGAAAUGGGUAAAGUGAGAAUGAUGAGAGGAAAGAGAGGGAUAAAACAAAUAAGAGGGAUUGGGAAAGAUCGAUGGAUGUGGAAAUGGAGAAGAAUGGUGAACGGGUGGGGAAUGGGGAAAGGGAUAUGGAUGGUUAGGGAAAUGGACUGGAAAAGACAGAGUGAUAGGGAAAAGGAGAUUGGUGCGAAAAAGAAGAGGGAUGGGAAAGGGUGA